AUGUGUUCAAUAUUGAUGAACUUUAAGGACUAAAACUCACAUAUAUCCCUUAAACCCUUGUUCUAACUUCCCAACCUCUACAAUGGAGUCUCUGUUAGGGUUUAUCGAACCAUCAGCUGACGAAACUGUGGAAGGCAACUCUCUAGCUCUCAAAUUGGUGCCAUGGAUAAGCUGGGAUGAAUGGAACUCUAUUCGAGAUUCCCUUUUCUCUUCUUCUCCUCAAUCUGUUGCUUUUGCUCUUCAAAGGAUAUCGACCUGGAGGAGCAGAGGAUGCAUUCCUGUCGCAGUGGAUGUUACGGCUUCAAUUAUAGAGAUUCAACAGAAAGAUCCUUUUUUCAGGAAGGACCUAGGUGGAAAUGCUCUGCAGUCAGAAGAAAUGCUUUCAAUGCUAUAUUGUAUGGCAAUUAUGAGGCUUGUAAAUGGUGUUGUUGAGAAGACUCGAAAGAAGGCCGAAAUUUCGAUAGCUGAGGCAGCAAAUGCUAUUGGCAUUCCACGCAUGCUGAUUGAUGUUCGCCAUGAGGGGUCUCAUCGUGAUCUUCCUUCACUGCAGUUGGUCCGUCUUGCCUCUACCAAGGCGCUUGACUGGUUGAAAUCAUAUUAUUGGGAACCUCAAAAGAAUGUGAUUCGAAGGGAUUCAACUGCCAACCUGAGGAAAGAAAUUAAACAUAAACUGCUAGAGAUGGCUUUCUGCUUGAAAGUGAAGCAGACUAACAGUUCACAUACUUCGGGAAAACGAAUGAGACUUGGGCAACUUUGUGCUAGAAACAAGUUUCUCCCUUUCAUUUCUGGGAAUCUACCAUAUUCUAAAACUUCUGAACAAUUUGUCUCAGGUUCUAAGAAACAGAUUACUAGAGCUAUGAAGGCCAUUCUUCGAUUAUAUACUUCCUCAUCUUCAGAAGUGGCAUCUGUGCUUUUGGAACUUAUGCUUCAGACAGUAGAUUCCUCAAAUUUUCCAGGGGACUCAGAGAAUGCCCUCACAAUCCAUGAAACUAUUGACAUGCACAGUGCAUAUGAUGACUGGAAACCAAUCCUGAAGAAAUUGUCAAACAGAGAACCGGAUUUGCUUCUGACUCUUCUCAGGGCAGCUAUAGACAAGAUUGAGACUAUGGGAGCCUCAAAGAAUCAGCUUGGUGCAAAUGCCCUCUCAGGAAAUGCAAAUGAAUCUCUUUUGAUUGGACAAUUAUCUUACCUGUGUGAACAAAUAGUUGCAAACCUGAAGACACUUAAGCCUCUUAACAAUAAUGAUCUUGCUGCUGACGGGGAAAACUCUUCAAGAAAAUUUAGUCUUCCAGAGGCAACGCUACAAGAACUACUACAUAAAUGUUUAUUCUUGUCCUCUAACAACAACAAUCAGCUGAUGAAAUCCGCUCUUGUCAUUGCUCAGAUGAUUGGAAGGAACUCUUUCAUCGUAAAGUUAAAUAAGCUCUGUUCACUGAGUGUAUUUGAUUCAGAGAUUAUUCACUCAGAUCCUUCUACCAAUAAUUCAGAAAGAUUCCUACUAUCCAGGGAAGAAGAUUCUCUUCGCAAAGCUGCUCAGAAGCUUGAACUAAUUAUGCGUCGAGUUGUAAAGGGCAAUAACAUGAACACAACAGAUACCGGGAGCCAAUGGGUAGUUGCAAAAACAUGGAAAGCAUGCCCCAUUGGUAUGCUCCCCCAUGCAUUUGGUUCCACUGGUCGUCUUCCAAUUCUUGAUUUUGUUGAUGAUUCAGCAGAAGUUGCCAAAUCAUCAGACAAUGAAAUCCCAGAAACCAAUAAAUGUGGAUGCAAGCGGGAGGCUGCUUCUGCGAUUGAAUGCUUGGAUGAUCCUAAUACAAAGAAAAUGAGAAAGACAGAGGAGCCUGGUGAUAAUCAGUACACGGAGAAUAUGGAGAUUGAAAAUGGCCAUAACGACGUGCCUUUGGAAGGUUCAAAAGGCCAACUGAUGAUUGAUGGAGUGUGGAAGAAGGUUUCAAUAGAAGAGCUGCGUGAUAUUGCAGCAGCUGUGAAGAUUUUUGAUUUAACCAAACCCUUGUGAGAUGCCUUGCAUGGGAUGGGGGUGGGGUGGAUUCUAAGAGAGCAAAAUGAAAAGGGUUCUGUUUCUGUUGUAAAUCUGCCACCGGUUUUGUAGCUUGUAAUUUUCUUAUCUUUUUUACCUGCUUAACGAUGCUGUUGGAUUUUGUAUUUAAUAUAAUACAAUUUUAGUUAUGCUACAA